UUGGUCCAUCUGUUAGUGACCAAAAAUCAUUAAUUUAGAAAUAUUCUUUUGAGCAAGGUGGAAUUAUUUUGGUAAAUAGAAAUCCUUUAUGAUGUUUUCCAUGAUUGUAAUAUUUUAGUUCUGUUUGAUUUCGAAAACGGGGAAAACCAACAUCAAUUCAAUUAUACAUAGAUGUUCUACUAAGUGAGAAUGUUGAAAGCAAGUUCAGUUUUACUGCUCGUAUUGGCUUCGGUCCAAUGUGACAAUCGUGCUGGUAGAGUAAGAAGAAUUGUCGGUGGUGAGCCUGCAAAUAUUCCUCCUGCCGAUGAUCCCGUGAUCUAUACUAGGUUCAAUGGAAAAACGGCAGCUGUGAGGGGUAUGUUAGAUUUUCCCCACUACGUGUUCAGAGGUAUAAGAUAUGCCAAGCCACCUGUUGGAAAUCUAAGAUUUGUGAGACCACAAGAGACAUUCCUCGAAGGUACUGUUAAUGCCACCAGGUAUCCUCCACCCUGCGUUCAACCUAUUCCAGGUACCGAUAAGAUAGUUGGUGAAGAGGAUUGUCUGUUUUUGAACAUAUUCACUCCAGAGCUACCCACAGGAAUGGAAGGAUUGCCAGUAGUAGUAUGGAUUCAUGGAGGUGGUUUUAGAUAUGGCUCCGCCUCACAGUAUGGGGUGAGACAUCUCGUCGGAAGACAAUUAGUGGUGGUUACCCUACAAUAUCGACUAGGCUCCCUUGGAUUUUUGAGUGGAGGUAGCAAAGAGGUGCCCGGAAAUGCAGCCCUUUGGGACAUGGCUCUGGCAGUUCAAUGGAUUCGGAAUUACAUAGGGUUCUUCGGCGGAAACCCAUUCAGAAUUGUCAUCAUGGGGCAAGGUACUGGAGCAAGUAGUGCUCUGACUGUUGCUCUCACAGAAAUUGCUAAAGGAAAUUCCGCUGGAGUUGUUGCUAUGUCCGGAACUGCAGUUUCACACUGGGCACUUGAUAAUACCCCAAUUGAUACCGCAAGAUCUCUGGCAGAAAGGAACGGAUGCCCUACGACCUCUGCUUUAACUAUGGUCAAAUGUUUGCAGAAUUUGGACCCAAAGCAGAUUAUCGCAGGUGAUUCAUAUAUUGAACAUGCUCGCCUCCAGGAACGUGGUUUCCAGAAUGGAAUGGGUGCUGGAUUGGGAGCUGCACCUGUUCAUGAAGGAAGACACGAUGGCAGAUCUCUACCUUCCCUCGUCCAAAAUAAACCGAUGGAUGAUAUGGAGAACGGCAAUAUACCAAAGAUUCCUCUUUUAUUAGGAACCACCAAAGAUGAGACGAAACGAGCUUGUACUAAUGUUUUCAACAAUGAUAUAUUCAAAGCUCUUACAACCAUACCCAACUUUUUGGAGAAAGAACUGAUAACAUCGCUACAGGGUCUUAUAAAACUUCCGAAGAUACCCCUGUUUCCUACAUCAAACAACAGCUUUGGAUUAGGUGGCCUUGUCCAAGCAUUAGACCCAGGGAAAUUCCAAAAAUAUAUUGAGGUCCCAGCUAACGAUUUUCAAGCUGCUUUCUCGAAAAUAGCCGAGGCGACAACUGAUGCUUUGUUCAAUGUACCCGCUUUUUUGACUGCUAAUAUGUGGUCGAAAGGAAGUGAGACUUAUCUCUACAAAUUCGAACAUGCCGGUAAAAUGAAGAAGGGAAAUUUCUUCCUAAAUGGGUUCUCUCUCGUUGGAGUUAAUGGACAAGAAAAUAAAACAGCAACCUCAGAAAACGAUGUUAGUCAUGGUGAUGAAUUGGCCUACCUUUUUGACCCUCAGCACUUGGACGGCACACCAACUGAGCCUACAGAAGUCAGCGAAGAAGACGAAAAAGUCAGAGCCAACUUCGCUCAGAUGAUAGCCGAUUUUGCACGGGCCGGAAAAGUUCAAAUCGGAAAUAAACCAGUGAAACCUUUCACAGGCGAAGCAAACAGUUACAUACAAAUAACACCAGACCCGAAAGUCGUUGAUAACUUCGAAUUUUGCAAAAUGGGCCUAUGGUUGGGAUUGGCCCAAAGACUCCAAUCGUCGGUUUGUGGAUUUUUGAACGUUCUAGAUUCCGAAAUAAAAAACGUACAGAAAACGGUUUUCAACACUGUCAAUGUGACCAAUGACCAGCUGAACAAAAUCACUGGAGGCUUAACGAAACCCCUGACCGACCCCAACUCUCUGGAUCCAUUCAAUGUGUUGGGUGGUGGCAAGAAACCUCAAAAUUCUGAUGGGAAGAAUGGCGGAUUUAAUAUUUUCGGUCAGAAACAAAAAGUUAAAAAGACGGACGACAAAAUGAACGCUUCUCUGGAUAAGUUUUCCAAGCCUCUUUCAGUUUUCAAAGGAACAAAACAUGGUGGUUCAUUGUUCGGAUUAUAGUGAAUAAAUGUUGAUGUUGGAAUAUUCAAUAAAUAUAUAUAAUAUAUGUCAUAAA